GCCAUCUGGAACUUGAUCAGGGCGUGCUUGAGGUACACCAGUGGAGAGCACAGUGCUGAAAUAGAGGAAGGAGUAGCGGUGCUUGAGGAGGCUAAGGAGAUUGCUUCUCAGGCUAGCCGCUGAAAACCUAAACAGCUUAGACAACAAACCAAAGAUAAGAAAGAGAAGAAGGAAUCUAGCUCUGAAGGGUCUACUAGUGACAGCGAGGGGACUGAUAGGGACAGUGAUGUCUGUAGUCAGAUGUCCCGCUGGAGUUUGAGGCGCUGUAGGCCACCUGAACCAUCAGCCCCUCUGUUGCCUUCUCCUCCCCCCAUAAAGAUGAGGGAGACAAAAGGGGAAAGCGUAGUCUUCAUGCAAAAGUCUGAAAAAAUGUGCCCACCAUUGUGGGGGCCUUUCCAGUAUUUCAGGACCAACAGGGGCAAUGGUAUCAUGAACCCCUGGAUUGGAAGGUUGUACAAAGAUUGAAGGAGUUAGUUUCAACUUAUGGGGUCCAGGCUGCCUUUACUGUAACUCAGGUUGAGUCCCUACAGUGGUACUGUAUGAUGCCUUUUGAUUGGCAGAACCUCUGCAAGGCCUUUCUUUCGGGAGGAGGUUAUUUAACAUGGAAGGCUGCUUAUAUUGAGCAUGCCUUUGAGCAGGCUGUGGCUAAUGCUGCUGCUGGACUCCCCAAUGCAGCCUGGAAUAUCGACAUGUUAAUGGGGCAAGGGAAUUUUGCCAACAAUCAAACAGGUUAUCCUAUACAGGUUUAUGAGCAGAUUAAUAACUGUGCUCUUAGAGCUUGGAAGAGGCUAUCAGGCACUGGAGACCUUGGGGCCAGCUUGUCUAAGGUGACAAAUUUGAAAGCUGGUAUCCUUAUGGUUAACCAAAGAGUGGAUUGGUUGCAAGAACAGAUGAAUAUUUUGGAGCAGUUAGUAUUUGCUUCCUGCAUUACUCAUAUGGCAGGAAUGUGUGUAACCUCUGUUCAGUAUCAGAAUUUUUCCAGAGCUGCAAAUCUGUUGCGUGCAAUUGGUGCGAUGCUGCUAAGAAAUUGGAGUCAUGAUCUCGACACAAAGAUGAAGGAAUUGCAAGCAUCGAUUGUUGCCGUGAAUAACACCCGUGUGGAGAUUGCAACUGCAAAGCAAAGGCUGGAGAUCAUCCAGGGAACUGUAGGAUUCUUAAAAAAUUGGGGAAGGAUGGCCUUUUGGGCGUUCCUGCUGACUGUUGGUGUGUGGAGAAAUGCUUUGGUGGAUGGCACAUAUGCAAAGGCGGCACAGGGCUGAUAAACGAGCCUUAGAGCAGGCUAUGGCAGCCUUGGAAGGAGGAGCAUCCCCCCAAUGUUGGCGCAACAUGCUGGAUUAGUAAUCAAUGACAGGUAAGACCCUCACAUGCACAUAUUAACCUAAGACAGGAUGGCGAAAGUGAGUUUGUCACUCCCAUGAUGGUUAAGGAUGAGGCACAGAUGGGGACAACCUAAGACAGAUGUUGAUCCCAGAGCUACUAAUAAAACAAAAAGGGGG